UGAUAUCAUCAUGGUGCAAUGGCCAAGCGGCGCAAGACCAGUGACAAAGUAGCAUGGACAGUUGGUAUUUUGCUCUUGCUUACCAGUAUUUCAUGUACACUGAUCAUCGUUUUGCACAAUGCUGGCUACGAUCAGGCUGCGGCUUUCCCUCACCGCUUGGGGAACGCGGAGCGGAAAGGCCUGUCAGCAAUUAUUGCAGUGCCCGGCGGCCGACUGGCACCUGCGCCCUGUGGUGAGAAGGGGGUGUUGCUCCAGAAGAGCAUUGAGGCGUUGAUGGAAUCAGCGGGCGAUCUUUUGAUCGAGAUCAUCGUCGUGGAUGAUGGCACAUCCCCGGCACUGGAAAGGCCCGAAUUCACAGGCAUGGCCUGGACUGACCUGAAGGUGCCCCGUGCAGAGGAGCCAGAUCUUUUUCAAGGAAUUCGCCUGCUGUGGCUCCGCUUCGAGAGUCCGCAGGGCAUGGCCCUGGCUCGGACCACGGGCGGUGACGCUGCCCGAGGAGAGGCCAUAGCUUUCUUUGACUGCUACGUGAAGCCAGAGCCGGGUUGGGCCACGCCGGCCGUGGAGCUCUUGCGACGCAGUCCAAGAUCAGUGGUGGUCCCGGCGCUCCGUGAUCUGGAUCUGGAGAGCUGGGAGUCUAGUGGGCCUUUGCGGUUCUUUGACAAUGUGUUCACUUGGGAGGCAGAGACUGUGCAGCUCUACUUUGACGCGGCGAGGGUCACGUGGCCUCACCCUAUUGACCAGAGCAACGUCCUGAUUUUCAGCUGGACCUGGUGGCAGGAGAUUGGUGGCUAUGACAAGAUGAUGAAAGGCUCAUCCGUCUUGCUCACUGAGAACAUCGAGCUGUCCCUGCGAGUGCUGUUGUGUGGUGGCCACUUCGUGCCAAUGAACGAGAGCGUCAUUGGCUUUUGUCAUCAGAAGCAUGGCACUUUGCACCAUGAGCGGCUGGAUAUGCUCUUCAAUCAGGCCCGGAUUAUCGAGGCCUGGUUUGGCCCCUGGACCGACGAGGCCUUAAAGAACCCUCGGUUUGCAGAGCUGCGCCCGGGCUCCUCGGGGGAUUUGUCCGAGAUACGAUCCAUGCAGGAGAACUUGAAGUGUUCAGGCUUGGAGCAGUUUCUCGAGAUUUAUCGAAUGCCGCUCGAGAUUCUUGGACUUCUUCCACAUGAGGUCUACUCUUUGCGGGAACGGUCUACAGGACUUUGCUUGCAAGAGUGGAGCAAAGAUGAAUGGGCCUUAAGCAAGUGCGAUGACUCAGCUAGAGGCCAACUCUUUUGCGACAAGAACGAGCGUACAGAGGAUCAGGAUGACGGGACGCCGGAAUGUUGCAGUGGGAUUGGACCAUACAAGGCCUUGGUAGGAUCCAACAGCUAUUGUUUAGAUGGCCGCUUGGGCAAGCCUGGACCGUAUGGGUGUAUACAUCGGCGGCCCCCCAACAGCCAAAUCUGGACACUGCGCGAGGAUGGCCAGAUUUUCAGCGAGGAAUGGGGCUGCUUGGUGCCAUCAGAUGCUGAAGCAGAAGAGUUGCCAACCAAUGAGGCUGAACUUUUUUGUCGUGGUACGGGCUUUUGGAGAUGACAACUUCCUUCGGCAACAUCGAUUCCAGAGGCCACUUGGUCCUCGUGCCGUUUCGAGGGCCAGAACGCUGUGGCGGAGCAGAGGUUCCAAGUGCAGGACAUCGAAGGAACCGACUUCUUCCGCCUUGUGCUAGCAACAGGCGACUGCAGCAGCAUUGAUUGCGCCUUCAGAUUGUUGUGUGCAACUCUUGGGUCUAUUCGUGAGUAGUCUCAGUCUCAACAUGUCUCAACUGUGUGGACAUAAAGGUCGGGCUGCCUGCGGCACAAGCAAGUCUGCUUGAUGCAACUGGUGGUUUCAGGGAUAUAAAUAUAUGUUUCCGUCACAUGACGGUAUGUUUAGCCAAUUCCCUCCGGAUAUUCAUUGCCAUGUAAUUUGGGGACGACGAUCAUCACUCGUACAGCGCAGCCAGGUCACUGCCUCAUGGCAGUGCUGGGCGAAGAGCCACAGCCUCCGCGUUUGGCCACUUGCGAUCCUGAGGAGUCCAAGUCGACGCGACUGAGUUGACGCACCAGGCCACUGAAAGAGGCACUGGUCCACUAUUGCAGAGGCCCCGAAAGCGGUCGAACAGAUUAAGGUGAGGUCGGCGUAAGAUGGUUGCUUGCCAGGCUAGCUCGUGCGUUAUUUGCAGUUUGUUCGAACCUAUGUGGGAUGCAUUA